AUGGAUGAGUAUGGCGGGCCGGCGGCGCCGCCCCGGCCGCCCAAGCCGGCGGCGCGCGUGCACCGCGGCGGCAGCGCUGCGGGUGCGGCGGGCGCGCGGCCGCACGUGUCGCUGCUGCGGCCGCGCCCCGAGGCCGAGCGCGAGCGCAACGCCUACGUGGAGGCGCCGUGCCGCGCGCCGCCGGCCGCACACGCCGCACACGCUCGCGCCGCGCGCCCUCUCAAGCCGGUGACCACGCAGCCGGCCGCGGCCGACAAGCGGCGCCCGCUCGCCGCCGACUCCAUAGUGUGUGACGCGUGCGGGCGCUGCCGCUGCGACCAGUGCGCGCGCCCGCGCCCGCUGCCCUCGCGCUGGCUGUGCGGCUCGUGUCUCUGCAGCGCCGAGGCGUGCGUGGAUUACGCGUCGUGCAUGUGCUGUGUCAAGGCGCUCUUCUACCCCUGCGGGAGCGGCGAGGAGGAGGCGGCGGAGCCGUGCACGUGCGGGCCGCGGCUGUGGUGCGUGGGCGCGCUGGCGCUGCCGCUGCCCUGCCUGUGCCUGUACUGGCCGCUGCGCGCGUGCGCGGCGGCGGGCGCGGCGGCAUACGCGAGCGCUUCCCGCUCCGGCUGCCGCUGCUCCGCGCCCGCGCCCGCGCCCGCGUCCGCGUCCGCGCCGCUCUCCAGUAUUAUCUAG